UUAUGAGAAACUGAGGGAGAUAGGUUAUGCAGGUCCCUUUUCUCUCUCCCUCCUUCUGUCACUCUCACUCAGUGCUGAGUGAGAAACACCACCUCCCUGCCUGACUCCUCAUAUCACUGUGGGCUUCUAAGCUGCAUGAAAACAUCUGUAACUACAAAAGACAAGGAGUGAAGAAAGGCAACAGAAGAAAGAAGAAGCACAUAACCCAAUUUGCUAAACUGAAGAGGCACCACACAGGGAUUUUCUUAGUACCUCUAGUUUGCACAGGUUGACCUGCACAGAUAUGGAUAUCUUCAUGGAGAAGGAUUUCAGUGUUACCAGUAACAUCAGCCUCAAAAUAGGACAAGGAAGACUAGAAGACAGCCAAGGACUCAACCACAGCGACCCCUUGGACACGUUUAUCGGCAUGGAGGUUCUUCAGCGCUUCAAGCCUCUCUUUCUGCCUCUCUACUGCCUCGUAGUGGCCGUGGCAGGUGUUGGAAACUCGUUUCUGCUGGCCUGCAUUCUGGCUGACAAGAAACUCCACAAUGCCACCAACUUUUUCAUCGGUAAUUUAGCAGCUGGUGACCUUCUGAUGUGUCUGAGUUGCGUGCCAUUGACUGUGUCUUACGCCUUUGACAGCCAUGGCUGGGCUUUUGGAAGACCUCUCUGUCACUUGGUGCCCUUGUUGCAGUGUGCCACAGUGUUUGCAUCAGUGCUCUCACUCACUGCCAUUGCCGUGGACCGCUAUGUUGUUGUAGCUCACCCAGUGCGGAGGAGGAUCUCUGUGUGGGGCUGUGGUGCAGUGACUCUGGGCAUCUGGCUUUUGUCUUUGGCCUUGGCUGCUCCUCCGUCUUACUACACUCGCUACCUGGACCUGCGACCCAGCCACAUCGAUCUGGUCGUGUGUGAAGAAUUCUGGCCAAACAGUGGCAAUCUGCGGCUGCUCUACUCCUGCUUUAUUCUCAUAACCUCCUACAUGAUCCCACUGCUGUCGGUCAGUGUAUCCUACUGCGCCAUCACCGUCAGCCUAAAACGGUACUCCAUCCCUGGGGAGCCAUCCAGCAGUCAGCAGCGCUGGAGCCAAAGGAGGAAGAAGACCUUCUCUCUGCUGGUGGCCUCAGUGCUGGCCUUUGCACUGUGUUGGCUUCCUCUCCAGGUGCUGAACCUGUUGCUGGACCUGGACCCAGAUUUCCACAUUAUCGGAAAGCGCUACAUAAAUGUCAUACAAGUCUGCUGUCAUUUAGUGGCAAUGAGCUCUGCAUGUUACAAUCCCUUCAUCUAUGCCUCACUGCACAGCAAGGUGCGCCUGCACUUGAAGGGGUACUUCUGUCCUUGCCACCACCGUCAGAGGGGAAUGGCGGAGAGAGCGCCAUCUAGGAGCUGAUCUUGUGAUGCAGCUGCUCUAACAGCUGUCAACAUACAGAGUCUGUCUUUACCUGCAAGCUAACACCUACACCACAACACCAAUGUGUAUGUCUGAGGUGUGUCGGAAGAUACAAUAGAGCUGCUUAACAUUCAUAGAGACCAGAUUUCUCUCCACUUUUCCAGCAUUUUAUGACGUCAAGACAUUUCCUCUCGUACAUUAUCGCUGGAGGCAGCACUAAAUAAGGCCACUUCCAACAAACAGGCGAAGCAGCAGAUCUAGUCCAGAAUGUGUAAUGUUUAGAAUGAUGAUGAGGAAAGAAGAUUAAGCUAUCCAAUGUGAUCCCUGUGUUGUUCUUGGACAGCAGAACUGCUGGCAGAGACACUAAGCAGAUCCUGCAGCUUUAAAAAAUGGCCAGCAGGGACCUAAACAGACCCUUAGGCUGAGGAGCUCUGUAGCAGACUUAUGCUGGAGGCUGAAAGCAGCUGCCGUGGUUAUGCUGGCCAGGUUAUCCUUAAAAUGUAAACACUUGACUUCAGGGAGCUGACCGAACGGUGAACUCUUCUCAUCAGACAUGGAUUACAGACCAGAGAGGUGAUGAAGAAAAAAAAUGUGCUUGUUUUAUUUUGUCACUGAUACUGAAUCUCUGUUUCAAAAUCCUAUUCUUAAUAUCAGUUAUUCCUCUCUUGCAUUACAUCUGACAAAUAUCAUAUAAUUAUGUUAAAAUGCAGAUUUCCUGUUCUAUUUAGUGUUAUUAUAGACGACUUAGUCUUCAUGAAUUAAUGUUGUUUGUGCACAUAGAAAUUUAUGUUUGUGUUUGUGUACUGCAUGCAUAGUGUAUAACAGAAGUAAGUACACCUGUGUGCAAUAUCACUGAAAUAUCAAAUGUGUUAAGGUUUGCAUCACCUUACAGUCAUUGCAUUAAAUUGAAGUAUACAGAAGGGUAUUUGCUCUCCUUGAAAAUGAAAAACUAACUAUUUAGAUUUACUAUUUUGAAAAUACAGGAGCUACGGUAGGACCUCAAUGCAACAAAUGCCAGUACAUUACUUAGAAUCAGAUCUUUUCAUUUUUUAGUAUUUUAUAUAUUCAUAUUCAUGUCCUCUGCCAUUCUUACAAGACUAUUUUAAGCUGGUCUUUACUAGAGGGGUUGUUUAGCUUUACAUUUAUCUUCCCUAAAGGUGUCAUAUUCGAUUAAAGUCAGACCACAUAUUUUGUCAAGUCAUAGUGUUUGCUUUGUUUUUUCUUCUAUAUCAUUUGACUUAUUAUCAUGUGUGAACGUUUGUCUUCUGCCAGUGGGGACUGGAAGUCACCCAUACUACACACCCAGUAUUUUGGUGAAUCCACAGGCACUCAUUGUGUCAUCUCUAAAUGUAAUUUCCCCAACACCUUUUGCACUCAUGCAGUCCUUUAUCUUCCUACAUCUACCUCUGUGCUUCACUGCAAGGACUACGCAUUAAUUGUGUUCCUGGCCAGGUUAAUGCCAAAUAUGCUUGAACCACAUGAACCCAACAAAUUCAUUUUGGUCUCAUCUGACCAAAGAAUGUGCUCUGAAUGAUCAUCAGGCUCAUUUUCAUGCAUUUUUGCAAAGUUUACUGUUGUAGUUUAGUGCCGUAGAGCCGGCAACUGAUUUUUUCUUGGACAUUGCCCACAAAUGCUGACUUCUUGUCUGAGCUGUCACAGAAACUCUGAUUUCUAUUAAUAACCCCUGCUCUAAGUCUGAUGCACUUUCCCAUCUGUUUUUUAGCAUUAGACUGUCUAAGUACCACACUGUCCAUGGCAGCAUUUUAGGGGGGAUGGUAAAAUGGGUCAUUCCAUACCUUCCAAUUACGAAUGCAGCCGUGUUUCAGUUGUUUUUUUUAGUUCAUCACCACUCUUGCUGUAUCAUUUUCCAUCUUUGUAAAAUGCCACAAUCCCGUUUUUCAGUUGCUCUGGAAAUUCUUUUAGCACAUGGAGCCAUGAUGCAGACAUGCAGAUAGAUACAACCCAUAGGUCCAAAACUGAAAGGAUUCUGGUGUUCACAGGUCAUUUUCUAACAAUGUUCAUGCAGUUAGGCUUUGGUUGCCCUCAGUUUCUACUGUAUUUUUAAUAUAGUCUUUCUGAAGUAUUUAUUUUUGAUUAUUAAUAAGAGGAAAUACUGUACUUGUCAAAUUAGAAACAAUAAAGCUGUUAAGAGGUGAUUUCAUUUUAAAUCAUAGGCAUUUAAAUGACAUUCCCCAGUGGUGUACUCACUUCUGUUGUAUACUGUUAUUUGCACAGUUUGUGGGGACGUGGCUUGAAAAAAAUCAAUAUGCGCAAUCACGGUAGUUGAAAUGUGACGUUUAUACAGAAUGACACCUUCUAACCUGUCUGUAAAAUGCAAUCAAUACCAAAUUCAUAAAGGUGUUACUUGGCUGACAAUACAAGUGUUCUGGCUGUGUCAGAAAAACAAGGCUGACACAGUAAUCAACUUAAUAUUCAGAACACGAACAAGAAAGUCACCCACAAACGUCACUGUGCUGAUGCUGAGUGUCCAUCAAGUAUGAAUAAGGCUUUCGAAGUCUGGGUAUCCAGUCAAUUUUUGUAUAUGCCGUCCGACUCACCAGAGAACUUGCUAAUGUGAUCUAAAUUACAUGUAUGCAGCAUUAAUUCUAUCCACUUAGUUAUUUAGGGUGCUGCAGUUAUCGUUAUUAUUGCUGCUUGAGAUUUUUAAAAAGUGUAUUUUUCAACUGUUAAGAUUGAAGGUUUAACAAUUCAUUAAACACAGCAAAUGUUUCAUGGUGCAGGCGUAUUGUCAAUCAACCAACCCAGUCAGCCCAUUCAAAAUUGCCAAAACACCAUUAGUUCGGUCAGCCUACUGGCAAGAGCAAAAAUGCCCAGAGCAGUUUUAGUCCAAACAAAUAAUCCCCAGCUCCCCAGUCAAUGCUGCCGAUGUCAACUGUCGUCUAUUAGCAAUAACAUUAUUUUGCUGUUUGUUGCUUGGCAGCCAGGUUGCCGUGGCUUUUGUCUCUAAGUGAACCUUGAGACUGUAUUCACUCUGCUGAAAUUGAUUUUUUAUCCUGAUGCUCUUUCUAAAAGAGUUUGGUUGUUUAGUUUAAUUUUGCUCUGUAGAAAGGAGAAACGCUGUUUUAGAAGUGAAUUUUACCUCCUUCCUCCAAUGCCCUUCAGCUGCACACAACAACCAGUUGCAGAUCAGGUACGAUUGAUCAGUAAAGUGUCUGAGUGCAAUUGCCGCCCCUCCCAACUCCCUGUUGAUCAGUGUUCACAAUAAUGGUCCACCUGAAUACGCUUACAUCAUCAUCCAUGUGACACUUGUGUAAGCUACACAAGAUGCAAGUCUUCUUAUAUGUUAGGAAAAAGUGGCAGUGGAGUAGUAUUGAUGUUAUAUUUUCAACAGUGCUACAUUUUAUGAUUUUGAUACAGCUAUAUUUCACAUAUCACCCAAGAAUGCCUGAUCUGGACCUCAGUCUGCCUCUUCCAAAUCAGGAACAGAUUGUUGUACUCUGCUGUAAUAAGGCUCUCAAAGUACUGACGUUUGAUGCAGUCAUACUUAAGUACAGCACAGACUACCAUGUGUGGAAGCACCUGUUAUCAAUCCACAGUUAAAGCCUCCGCAAAAUGGUUUUAAGUCUUCAAUAUUCUCAUAUUACAUUAUGCAUAAAUGUCUAAAUAAACAACAUCAGAAGCUAAACACUCUCAAGUAUUAUUUAUCAAAAGCUAACUGCUUCAAUAAUCAGUUAAUUGUCUUAAUGAGGACUCUGUGGGUGUGACUUGAUCUGAUUUGGUGACAUAAGGAAGCAUGUAGCCAACAUUUUUUUAUUCUGUUUACAAGUUUACACAUCUCUUUCAUGGUCUUUCAGUAGUGAUCUUUUGGCUAUGCGCUCUUUGGGGAAGUGGAUUUCUUUGUUGCAGUAUUAAGAGUUACCAAUGGAACAAUCAAGUAGUGUCAUAUCCAGAUUUCCUACUGACAUGGCAUAAAACAUAAAUUACACAGUUUUCAUUACUUAGGUGUGACUGUUUUCAUUACAAUAGCACAUUGGAGUUGUAGGAGUGAUCAUUGUUAAAAAAAAAAAAGGAAUUGACAACCAAAAAAAGCAGUUUUGUCAUUAUAUAGAGCGACUCAGUGAAAACAUUAAAUCAUUUUUUGAGGUUUGCACAUCAGUACAGUAAGUACUCUGCUGUAGUAUAAUUAUUGCACUCUGGGUGUAAAAGUCCAAUAUUUAUGGUUUUAUCACAGAUGGCAGUGGCAAGUAAAUUAUGCUUCUAUACUGAGUUGUCAGAUAUCUUGCUGUACAAACCUUUAAAUGUAGAGUGCAUUUGGACAGCAUAACUAUGUUAGAUACUAAUAGGGAUGAACAUGACAUUUCAUUCUUUGGAGCUCCAGUGUUGGCAGCUCUGAAGAUUUUUCACAGUCUCUUCAGUUGUUUGGAUAAGUUCUACAUCAGUUCACUGACUUCGAAUUACACUAUUAUAAUCUGUGCCGGUGAUAAGCAAACUUUGGCGUUUUGACAUACACAAAGGUGGGCGGAUUUUUGCUAAGACUUUACUGUAUAAACAAAGUAAGCCCUUUAGAGUGGAAAUUAAGACCUGAUUUAAUGAUCUUUGUUUAUAGGGUGUGACAAGUUGCACGCUUGUCACACCCUACUUGUCUCACCGUUGUGAAGUAUUGCAGAAGUUACAUUUUCUAAACUUUGAAAAUUUUAUUAAGUUUUGUAACCUAAAAUUAUUGUAUAAAUGUUUGCAUAAUCAAGCCCCUGAGGUCCUUGGACAGCUUACAGUUCCACUCAGAGCACUGGGCUCCGUUACACGAGGAGCCGCCACUGGGAACAUAAAAGUGCCUUAUAGAAAAACAGCACUGGGGAAGUCAGCCUUUUCAAUAAAGACUGCUACAAUGUGGAACUCGUUACCACCUGAGCUAAAAAGGGACCUAGAUCUAGCAGCUUUUAAAAAUGAACUGAAGUCUGUUUUAAAAAGGGAUCAAGUCUGUACCCAUUUUCAGUACUGUUGUACAGUGUUUGUGUUAUGUCAGAUUGUAAUGUAAUGUAAUGUAAUUUUGUACUGUAAAAGCCCAUCUAGGGACGGACAUUGCAAAUUAACCUUGGCUAUAAAUGUUUUUUUUUGGUGUGCUACUUGUUUAUUGUACACACUUGUCCCUAUCAAAUAAACGAAUAAAUAAAUAAAGUUGUGACAGUGAAGACAUUAGAGUGAUUAGGUGUUACAUAAAAAAGAGAAUUAUCCAAAUAAUAACCACCAUGACUGAAGAUUAAGUGUUGCUGAUACAGUGCAGAAUGCUUACUAACACAGAAUUAUAAAUAUGCUUUUUUUGUAAAGUGGCGUAGAGCAAUGGGUAGUAUAGAGUAUUGUUUAUUUGACUUUUUUCUUUACUUGUGUUUAAGUCACCCAAUGAGAAAAACAAAGAUGUCAGAUUGUUGCUUUGUCUGAUGUGGUUUGACUCAUGUGGUCGCAUAUUGCACAUACACGUGUGUGCAAACACAACGCUGCUGAGAAAACCACAUGUUAUGCAACAUUUACUCAGCUGUAGAAAAUGCCUUUCAGCUCUUGUAAGUUCUUGUCUGUGAAUUAAAAAUGUGGUAACAUA